CCAAAAAAAAGGAGAAAUACAAAUAAAACAUAAGUACCAAACUCAAAAAGCUGUCCACCCAAAUCAUCAAUCAAAUUGUGAUUUUUACCUAUUUAUGGCUUAAAUUUUCUUGCCUGGUUUUCUUCAGCACUCAAAAGAAAGGAAGAAAAGAUACAAGUUACCUUAAAUGGUUAAAACUUGAUAGAGAGGGUUGUGUGUGUGUGAAUAGUUUGAGGUUGUGGGGUGGGUGAAGUUUUCUAGAUAUGUCAGGUGGUGGAUGCAGCAUAGUGUGGUUAAGAAGAGAUCUGAGAGUAGAGGAUAACCCAGCACUGAUUGCAGGAGUGAGAGCUGGAGCUGUGGUUGCAGUUUUCAUAUGGGCACCUGAAGAAGAGGGUCAAUACUACCCUGGCAGGGUCUCUAGGUGGUGGCUCAAACACAGUUUGGCUCACCUUGAUUCCUCUUUGAGAAGUCUUGGCACUCCUCUCAUCACUAAGAGGUCCACUGAUAGUGUUUCUUCACUACUGGAGGUUGUUAAGUCCACCGGAGCUUCUCAACUCUUUUUUAACCACUUAUAUGAUCCACUGUCACUUAUCAGGGAUCAACGAGCAAAGGAGGUUCUUACUGCUCAGGGCAUAACAGUACGUUCCUUCAACGCGGAUUUAUUAUAUGAACCAUGGGAAGUCAAUGAUGCCCAUGGCCAACCAUUCACAACUUUUGCUGCGUUUUGGGAAAGAUGUCUUAGCAUGCCUUAUGACCCGGAGUCACCUCUUCUCCCACCUAAAAGGAUUAUUCAAGGUGAUGUAUCAAGGUGCCCUUGUGAUACAUUGGUGUUUGAAGAUGAAUCAGAGAAGGCAAGCAAUGCACUUCUUGCUAGAGCAUGGUCACCUGGGUGGAGCAAUGCUAAUAAGGCAUUGACGACAUUCAUAAACGGUCCACUGAUUGAGUACUCAAAAAAUCGCAGGAAGGCUGACAGUGCCACUACCUCAUUUCUCUCACCCUGUUUGCAUUUUGGUGAGGUGAGUGUAAAAAAAGUAUUCCAUCUUGUUCGCAUUAAGCAAGUUUUGUGGGCCAACGAAGGAAACAAUGCCGGUGAAGAAAGCGUGAACUUGUUCCUUAAGUCUAUUGGUCUUAGAGAAUAUUCAAGGUACAUUAGUUUCAACCAUCCCAAUAGUCAUGAAAGGCCUCUUCUAGGCCACCUUAAGUUCUUUCCUUGGGUAGUAAAUGAAGGCUAUUUUAAAGCAUGGAGACAAGGCAGAACUGGGUACCCUUUGGUGGAUGCUGGCAUGAGGGAGUUGUGGGCCACUGGUUGGCUGCAUGAUCGGAUACGUGUUGUAGUUUCCAGUUUCUUUGUGAAGGUUCUGCAACUUCCUUGGAGAUGGGGAAUGAAAUAUUUCUGGGAUACCCUCUUGGAUGCAGAUCUUGAGAGUGAUGCUCUUGGUUGGCAGUACAUAUCUGGUUCUCUCCCGGAUAGUCGUGAAUUUGACCGAAUUGAUAAUCCACAGUUUGAGGGAUACAAAUUUGACCCAAAUGGAGAAUAUGUACGGCGCUGGCUUCCAGAACUCGCUAGAUUACCAACUGAGUGGAUACAUCAUCCAUGGAAUGCACCAGAAUCAGUACUUCAAGCUGCUGGAAUUGAGCUAGGAUCAAAUUAUCCUCUUCCAAUCGUGGGAAUAGAUGAAGCAAAAGCCAGAUUACAAGAAGCACUCUCAGAAAUGUGGCAACAAGAUGCAGCUUCAAGAGCUGCAAUUGAAAAUGGAACUGAGGAAGGGCUUGGAGACUCUUCUGAAUCAGUCCCUCUUGCUUUUCCUCAAGACAUACAAAUGGAGGAAAGUCAUGAACCCAUUAGGCACAAUCCCGCACCUGUUACCCGGCGCUACCAGGAUCAGAUGGUUCCAAGCAUCACUGCUUCCCUGGUGAGAGUGGAAGAGGAAGAAACUUCUUCGGAUCUUCGAAACUCAGGACAAGAUAGCAGAGCUGAAGUGCCAGUAAAUGUUAGUGCACAACAAAAUGAAAGAGACACAUUGAACGACAGGAUGUUGCAGACUGUUCAUACCAAUGCACGGCUACAAUACAAUAUUGCAAUGGAGAUGAGCAAUGCAGCUGAAGAUUCCACUGUAGAAUCUUCAAGUAGUAUUAGGAGAGAAAGGGACGGAGGCAUAGUUCCGGUAUGGUCUCCGCCAGCUUCCAGUUACUCGGAACAAUUUGUAGGAGAUGAAAAUGGUAUAGCAAGCAGUUCAUCUUACUUGCAAAGGCAUCCUCAAUCUCACCAAUUGCUGAAUUGGAGAGGGCUACCUCAGACCGGGUAAUUCAUGUCUAAAGGCUAGAGCAAUCAGACUAGAAUCAGGGAGGUGGAAAAUACACUAUCAUCAGCUUAUCUUGAGAGAAACCUGCAUUGGACAUACAUGUGUUAAUUUCCUACUCCUUUUACCAGUCUUGAUAAAUGAUUAACGGCUGACCUCCAAUGUGUAUGAAAAUUUCAAUUCAUCCGCAGUCCCUUUUGUUUUCUUGUACAAUGUUUUUAGGCCUGCUGUAUAGUAUACUUUGUGUAGUGAGGGAAAAAGAGCCCCCAUAGUAUCUUUGGUCCACUAAUAAACUCAGGUUUGUGCUUUCAUUUAAGGCAGAUAUAUUACUUUUUUAUGAUCCACGCUUUAUUUACAUUUUAUAUGCUGUACAUUUCUGUUGACCCCUGUAUGUAGAGUGCACCUCAUCUCGGUGC